ACUAGUUUGUACCUAACCUUAAUCUUGAGUUGUCUUUUGAAGCAGUAUAACAAUUAAUAAUGUGGAUAAAUGUAAAAAUAAGUCAAAACAUUUUACAUCAUUCGAAAAAAAAUUAUUUUUAUACAUAUUAAAACAGUACAAACAUAUAAUAGAAAUAAAGAAAAGUGAUGGUACUACGCUAAAGGAGAAAGAAGCAGCUUGGUCGGAAAUAUGCAACCAAUACAAUGCAUCGCAAUUAACAACACAAGAGAGAAAUGUUCAGCAAUUAAAAAAGUUUUGGGCAAACCUGAAACAAAAUCAGAGAGAUGCUUUGACUAAAGAAAAGCAAAAUGUAAUGGCAACAGGUGGAGGACCAUCAAUUAAAUCACUGGAAAUUAAUCCCGACAUAUAUCAAUGAUAUCCCGCUAUAAAUGAUAGCGCCAAACUUAAUGAAAACUGCACCAUCAAUUUAUUCUUCUAAUUUAGAUGAACAAGAACUAGAAAAAAGAGAAACACAAAUAACAAAUUAUGUAGCUGCUCAUGAUCUUACAAAUAUCGAAAUGUCAUUCUCAGAAAGUGAUAUAGUUAAUUUAGAAGGCAACCAUGACAACAUGUUUUAUAACAACAACAAGGAUGAUGACAUUUCUAAUAAAGAAAACGUUAUACCUACUAUACAGAUAAAGAAAUGUAUACAAAUGCACCAUUACAAUUAUCAGAUACUUCAACCAUUGACACCACACCGAGUACCAAAGAUAUUGUAACAAGUGGUAUGUAUUAAUAUUUAAAUAAAUCAUAUAUUUUAUUACAUUUUAUUUAAUUAAUCAAAAUUGGUAACGAUAAGCGUGUACAAAAAAUAUUUUAUUGUUUCAUACUUUUGUAGCUUCGAAAAAGACACGGCAGAGUAGAGAGAAAAUGUCUUUCAAUCGUAGAAAACAUGCAAUUUCCAGCAGUGAUUAUGAAAAUAAAACGUCAACGAAAAUACAAAGAAUACAAAAAAUUCUUGAGCAAGAAAUGGAAAUAAAUUACUUAAAAAUGGAGCACGAAAAAAAAUGUGCACUUUAAAAGAACAACAUUUAAUCAAAAUGCAAGAACAGGAAUUACGUGCAGUUAUUACUGCAGCAGAAAUGGCUGAAUUGCAACUAAAAUUAGAGAUUAAAAAGAAUGAGAAUAAAUA